AUGUCGUCUCGGCGCCGGCGUCACAGCGGACCGCCUCCACAUGACCUCUGGGGAGCAAGCCCUGCCGAUGACGAGUAUUGGCGUCCGUCUGGACACCCUGCCAGAGCGGAGGGCGCAUAUGCACACACGUAUAAAGAUGGGUUGCCGCCGCCGCAGCCGCCCUACGAGCCGCCUUGUGCCCGCAGCGAGACGUGGCCGGACGGGAGACGUGGACGGCUGGGCGAACGGCAGAGAGGGCACGGCCGGGUCGACCUUGACGACGGACGCGAACCGCGGAUCCCACGACACGCGUCCGGGAGUCCCAGCCCGCACGGCAGAGCGAGCCGCCGUCACCCGUCGCCAGGCCGCGAGGGAAGAAGCCCACGAGGGCGAAGCGGCGCGCCGCGGGCCAGGUCGACGCCCCCGUCGGCACAUGCGCCCCGAAAGCAGAGGCUGCAGACGGCGGCGUCGCAGUGGUGGCAGAACCCCGUCGUCCGGACGUGCGCCAUCACCGCCCUCUCGACCGGCUUGACGGCCGCCCUGGACAGCCGCGGCGACCCUGGGCCGUGGAAGGGCGCCAAGGGCGCCAAAGUGGCCGUGGCAUCGCUCGGGUCCGCCCUCGUCGACGGCUUCCUCGGCCACAAGCACCCCAACAGCGUCAGGCAGGAGGUCGUGAGGAAAGGAGUCGAGGUGGCCAUGGAGGAGACGGAGAAGAAGAAGAAGAAGCGGCAGCCGAGGGGAGGACAAGACGGCGACGCCAGACGUCCCGGGGACCACGGGAGUCAUGGUCGGCACCGGCACGGCCGAGCGUCGAGGAGCCACGGGCGCCGUGGCUGA